AGGCGGCGCGCAGGUGGAGGCGGAGAGGAUAGAGAGAGGAAGCGGCUCGGCGAGGACGCGCGCGACACGGCCGCGGACGUUCAACACGCGCGCGCCCUUCACUGAGGAGCGAAGUGUUCUUCUUUUUCUUCUGGUUGACGCUUUCUGUUGCGGUGAUCGGAAACCACACCGGCGCGAAUUUGGCGCAGUUGUAGCCCCGUUUUGCGCCCCUCGGCCCUCCACCGAACGCCCCCCCCCUCCCCUCCCCCCCUCGUCCAUGACAAAAGUUUGACUGUUAAAGAAUGAUGCUCUGCUUCAAUGCGGUGGAUUCCGGCGUCAGCCUCGGUGACCAGUCAGCGCUCGAGAAAUAGCCGCGACUCUUUCGGUCCUCAUUCCGCUGCCGAGUCCAACUAACACGGGGCUUUUUGUUCUUGCGCAUCGUCGCCUGCCCCGGGAUUGCAUCCGUUGUAAUUUAUGUCGCACUCCAUAAUGGACUUCCUCGGACUGUACUUCUUGCAGCUGGCGCUGAUCGGAGUCCCGCGCAUGGCGCUCUCUGCAGGCGGGAGGGACUGCCUGCGCGCGGGAGACACCUGCUCCAGCGACGACGCCUGCAGCCCGCGCCUGCGCACCCUCCGGCAGUGCGUGGCCGGGGACGGCAGCGUGAAGCUGGGCCCCGGGGCCAGGAACCAGUGCGAGAACGCCAUGACGGCGCUGCUGUCCUCGCCGCUGCACGGCUGCCAGUGCAAGCGAGGCAUGAAGAAGGAGAAGAACUGCCUGAGCAUCUACUGGAGCCUGCAGCAGUCGGUGCUGCACGGCCUCAGCCUGGUGGAGGACUUCCCCUACGAGCCGGAGGAGAGGGGCUCCGACUACGUGCGCCUGGCCUCCAUCGCUGCAGAGUCCGAAGUGACGACGGUGAACCGCUGCCUGGACGCCGCCAAGGCGUGCAACAUCGACGAGACGUGCCAGAAGCUGCGCACGGAGUACGUGUCGUCCUGCAUCCAGCCGUCGGCCCGCUCCGGCCCGUGCAACCGGCCCAAGUGCAGCAAGGCGCUGCGGAAGUUCUUCGACCGCGUCCCCCCCGACUACACCCACGAGCUGCUGUUCUGCCCCUGCACCGACACGGCGUGCUCGGAGCGCCGCCGCCAGACCAUCGUGCCGUCCUGCUCCUACGAGGACAAGGAGAAGCCCAACUGCCUGGCCCAGCUGCGCGUGUGCAAGGCGGACUACGUGUGCAGGUCUCGCUGGGCGCAGUUCCAGUACGACUGCCAGCCUUCGGAGGCGAGCGCCAGCGGCUGCAAGCAGGACAACUACGCGGCGUGUCUGCUGGCGUACACCGGCCUGAUCGGAAGCACAAUAACUCCCAACUACCUUGACAACUCCACGUCCAACGUGGGACCCUGGUGCUCCUGCGCAGCCAGCGGCAACCACAGGGAGCAAUGCAGCGACUUCCUGACCUCCUUCCACGACAACGUCUGCCUGAGAAACUCCAUCCAGGCCUUCGGGAACGGAUCGGAGAAGCCGGGCGCCGGCCAGCCCGGGACGCCCAGCCCGGCGCCGGGCAACCACAGCCCGCACCCUGCGACCCCCACCCCCCCGGGCGUCUCCAUGGAAACGGAGCAGAGCAUUCUGAGGACACAGAUACCUACUCAGGUGAGGCGGCGCGGAAGAGAGGAAUCGCGACGGAGACGGCCUCGCUCAGAAUUUGGGUCACAGCGCUCGCGAUGGCUGGGGGCGUUUGUUUUAUUCUGCAGGGACCAGCGAGACGGGAGGGAUUUACAUUGUCUGCAUAAUUCAGACGGCGUCCGUCCCAAAAGCGCCGAGACGAGGAGAACUGAGGACGUUUCGUGCACAAAAUAGUGUGAGGCGCUCGUUAUGGAGCCCUGAUGCGAGUGAAAGAAAUCCCAGAAUGCACCUGUUCAGGGAUUAAAAGUCCAUCAUGUUUCUCCUCACUUGUCAGUCAGAGCUAAACAAUAAUGAUCCACAACUAAAUGUCAAUGUUUCUCCUCAUUAGACCUCGACUGACAUGGAUUUUUGGAGGGCCAAAUAUAUUUAAGAUAGUUAAACAACCCAAAAACAACAAUUAUUCUUGAUUGUCCUUUUAAUCAAUCUUAUUGAUCCCAGAUCACUGCAGGAUUCAGAAGACGAAGCGGCGCAUAAAACAAACAAAAAAGCUUAUUGAAAAUAAAAUCAUGAAGUCACGUAAAAGAAGCAGCAACGUUGGAUUACGGAAAUGUUUUUAGUGUAAACAUCACAACGAUUAAACUGUUGAACAUUUUAAUGUGGACACACGGCUUUGCAUCAAGUUCAGUGUUUAACAUCUUAAUAAUGGGAAGGAAUAAGGAUUAAUAAUAAUAAUACGAUCUAUUGGCUCCUGAUGGGAAGCCUCUGUGUACACACACACACACACACAC